CUGUUUAUAAACAAAUUGCAUAUUACACAUUAGCGUACUAUUACUUGUUGCGGAUUUGGCAUAGUUUAAUUAUUGUAAAAUUAUAGGGUAUCGUUUUUAUACUAAUUAACAAUGACUGAGGAAUCCAAAGAAGGCGAGGAGUUUACUUUGGAAGCAGAUUCGGAACUGCGUUUUGAAAUAGAGGACAAAGACGCCAAAGUUUACGUUGCGCUUGUAUCUGGUUUCGCUGAAAUGUUUGGCACAGAAUUGGUAAAGAAGAAAAAAUACGAGUUCCUCACUGGCGCCAAAGUGGCAAUCUUUACUUACCACGGAUGUGUGCUGAAUGUAAAUGGGAAAACUGACGUUAGCUAUAUUUCAAAAGAAACUCCAAUGGUGCAGUACUUAAAUUGUCAUGCAGCCUUGGAGCAAAUGCGCGUGGAUGCCGAGGAGAAAGACGAACGAGGUCCAGUAGCAAUGGUUGUGGGUCCCCUAGAUGUGGGGAAGAGUACUUUGUCUCGUAUAUUUCUUAACUAUGCGGUGAGGCUGGGGCGACGACCUCUUUAUGCAGACAUUGACGUUGGACAAGGUUCAAUCUCGAUUCCAGGCACUAUAGCAUCGAUACUCAUUGAACGACCUGCUAGCAUCGAGGAAGGAUUUUCUCAGACAGCGCCUCUAGUCUAUCAUUUUGGACAUAAAAGUCCCGGUUCUAAUAAUGUUCUAUACAAGGCGACAGUAGCAAAGAUGGCAGAAGUAACAUUGGAAUCUAUGAAUGUUAAUAAACGAACAAAAUACUCUGGUAUGAUUAUUAAUACAUGCGGUUGGGUGAAAGCGGAUGGGUAUGCUCAUUUGUUGCACACGGCACAAGCAUUUGAAGUGAACGCAAUAUUUGUUCUCGACCAGGAGCGCUUGUACAAUGAGCUUCUGCGGGAUAUGCCAUCAUUCGUCCGCGUCGUUUUGUUGCCAAAGAGUGGUGGUGUAGUGGAGCGAAGUAGGGAUUUGCGUAACGAGCAGCGUGACUUGCGAAUUAAAGAAUACUUCUAUGGAAAUCGUACACCUUUCUACCCAUUCUCAUUCGAAGUAAAAUUCCAAGAUUUGAAAUUGUACAAAAUAGGCGCGCCGCCGUUGCCUGACUCAUGCAUGCCCAUUGGAAUGAAGGCGGAAGACAAUAAAACCAAAGUUGUAGCAGUGACUCCCAGCCCUUCACUACUGCACCACCUCUUAUCAAUUAGCUUUGCCGAAUCGACGGACGAGGAUAUAAUUGGAACUAAUGUAGCUGGUUUUGUCUGCGUCACCGACGUGGAUAUGGAUAAACAAACUAUAACCGUACUUUCACCACAGCCUAGGCCGCUACCAAACACGGUGAUGCUGUUCUCUGAACUACAAUUCAUGGAUAUUGUUUGAGUAUGCCAAAAGUUUAGAGACUCGCCGUUUUCUAAACAAAAUAAAAAGUAUAUUUUAAGAAAAA